GAGGAUGUGGGGACAAUGGGGGAAGUCAGUGGCUGGGGCCGAACGGAUCCCGAUGACUCGUAUCAUCCCAUUGAUCUACAGACCGUUUCUCUGCCCCAAGUCAGCCUUGAGCAAUGUACCUUGGCUUAUAAGUUCUACGCCGUUACUGUGGACGAUACUCAAGUCUGCGCCGGUUAUCUCUCCGGAGGACAAGAUGCCUGCCAGGGCGAUAGCGGUGGCCCGUACUGGGUAGUAGACGAAGCGGGCAUUCAACGGGUCGUCGGUAUAGUGAGCUACGGUAUAGGCUGUGCACAACCCGGUCUGUAUGGCAUCUACACCCGUGUGAACUCCUUCAACUCGUGGAUCGUGUCGUACCUCAGUGGGGGCGUCCAGACGAGAGCUGACACGUAUGUGUAUGCGGCUGAGGAAGACGAUGCUAACAGGGACUACAGCUACAACCCCGACGCAAACGACUUUUCCAGGGCGGAGGCUUCGACCUCAGACAGCUCGGUACUUUCCGUGGGGGCUAUUGUAGGUAUCGCUGUAGGGUGUGUGGCGGUGGUAGGUAUAUUUGUGGGUGGGGCUGUGUUUGUGGUGAAGAGGAAGAAACAGAUCAGCACUCCCAACUCGAAUACGUCGGCCCAACUGAGGGAAAGUUCGGUAGGAGUGCGCGAGAAUGAAAGCAGCACGAGUGUGACGGAUGUGAGUGGGAGGUCCAAUGACAAGACGCUGUUCGUUUAGUUUUAGGGUGAUUAGAGUGGUUGCGGUAGCACGAUCACGUAGGAUAUGCUGAUGGGCCAUAUCCAAAACAGAGCAUGUAUUUAGACUUUAGAGUUGCCUUGAAAUAAAAUGUGGC